AUGGCUUCAGUCCGUAUCACGUCGGUCAGCUUCGAACAUCACUCCACUGGAUUCGGCAUUGGACACACAAGUCCUCGAAUCUCAUGGCGUUUCGCUGCUGAUGACGGUAUCAAGAAUUGGUCGCAAGAGUCUUAUGAGAUCCAGGUCGUCGAUAAGGACGAUGUCGAGAUAAAGACCUACCAUGUGGAAAGCUCGGAGUCAGUCCUGGUGCCAUGGCCGCAUCAAUCCCUUCAGUCACGAGAAUCCGUCUGGAUCAGGAUCCGAUCACAUGGCCAGGUUGUAGAUGCCACUGGAAAGGCCUCGAAGAACGACAGCCAGUGGUCCAGCCCAACACUGGUUGAAGCCGCGCUACUUGACAAGCGAGACUGGACAGCGAAGCUUACGACGUCCACGCUCACAGACAACGAGGAGGAGCCGCGACGACCCAUCCGCUUUCGAAAGCUCUUCCCUCUAUCUGAGCAGUCAGGAGCGAUAUCAAAAGCUCGUCUUUAUAUUACGGCCCACGGCGUUUACGAAGUGUUCAUCAACGGACAACGGGUUGGCACAGAGGAAAUGGCCCCUGGGUGGACCAGUUAUCGCCACAGGUUACUAUAUUCGACUUUCGACGUAACUGCGUCGCUUGUUUCAGGGAAGCCUAACAUAGUUGGUGUUGAAGUUGGCGAGGGCUGGUUCGCGGGUCGCAUCGGGUUCGGAAAACAGAAACGGUGUUUGUACGGGGACCGGUUGGCAUUCAUAGCUCAACUCGAAGUCCUAUACGAGUCCGGUGAUAAAUACACGUUGGUCUCGGAUAGUUCGUGGAAAUCUCACCUCAGUGCUACAACCCGCAGUGAAAUCUAUGACGGGGAGGACUAUGACACGCGUGAGGAGCAAGCCGGCUGGAACAGAGAUAUCACAUCUGACGAUCAAUCUUGGACGUCAACCGAAGAGCUGGAAUUCCCAUCCGCAGAAGUUUUGGCUUCGGCUAUACCGCCGAUUCGCGCAGUGGAAAAAGUCUCCCCUGUGAAGAUUUUCAAGUCAAAAUCUGGCAAGACACUAGUUGAUUUCGGCCAGAAUCUAGUUGGAAAGCUGCAGGUGCGCUUACCAGCAGCAACUGGCGGACACAAGGUGUCAUUCAGCCACGCAGAAGUACUUGAGCAUGACGAACUUGGUACACGGCCUCUCAGAGGCGCUAAACCCAUCGAUAAUGUGAUACUAUCUCAGAAUCAGGCGCCAAUUUGGUCUCCGAAGUUCACCUUCCACGGCUUUCGCUAUGUCCAAGUCGACGGUUGGCCGACUGACGAUGCAAUGCCCAGUAAGGAUGAUCUUACAGCACUUGUUUUGCACAGCGACAUGAAACGUACUGGAUGGUUCUCAUGCUCUGACUCUCUCGUCAACAGACUUCAUGAUAACGUCUUGUGGAGCAUGAAAGGAAACUUUGUUUCUCUUCCUACCGACUGUCCCCAACGCGACGAGCGGCUCGGCUGGACUGGCGAUAUCCAAGUAUUCGCUCCCUCGGCGAACUUCAUCUACGACACGCAAGGAUUCCUUGGAAACUGGCUCAACGACGUCUCAGUCGAGCAGUUGAAAGAUACAGACACUGGAAUCCCGGGGCUCGUCGUGCCGGAUGCGAUUGGCCCUCUACUAGGGCCACAGUGUGUGUGGCAUGAUGUUACCGUCUUGACACCGUGGGACAUGUACCAGAGCUCAGGCGAUUUGGAAAUCCUUCGCAGGCAGUAUCCUAGCAUGAAGGCUUGGGUGGACAAGGGCAUAAGUCGAGGUCCUAACGGCUUAUGGGACCAGAACAUCUGGCAGCUCGGUGACUGGCUGGAUCCUGCUGCGCCACCGGACGAGCCAGGAGCGGCUCGGACUGAUUGCGUUCUCGUCGCUGACGCCUAUCUGGUUCGAGUGAUGGACACCAUCACCAAAGUCAGCCAACUUCUCGGCGAGUCGGCAGAUGUGGAACGCUAUGGCAAGGAGGCAUUGAGCGUGAGGAAAACCUUUGCAAAAGAGUACAUCACCCCAUCAGGCCUGCUCGCCGGAGACACCCAAACAGCAUACGCCAUGGGCAUCUGUUUCGGGCUGUUCAACGAGAGAAGCCAUCUUACAAAAGCCGCAGGUCGCCUAAGCCACCUAGUCCACGAUGCCAAAUACCGUAUCGGGACGGGAUUCGUGGGGACACCGUUGAUCACGCAUGCGCUCUCCAACACAGGCAACUACCAACUGGCGUAUAAAAUGCUUCUCGAGCAGGCGUGCCCGUCCUGGCUGUAUCCGAUCACGAUGGGCGCGACGACGAUCUGGGAGAGAUGGGACAGCAUGCUCCCAGAUGGGUCCAUCAAUCCUGGGUCGAUGACCAGCUUCAACCACUACGCCCUGGGUUCCGUGGCGCAUUGGCUGCAUAAGAAUGUCGGGGGAAUCGGCCCGGUCACCCCUGGAUGGCAGACGAUUAAGGUGCGCCCGGUCCCUGGAGGAACCCUCACGAGCGCAAAUGUCGAAUUCGAGAGUCCGUACGGGCGCAUCGAAUGCGCCUGGAAGCUUAAGGCCGAGGACGGCUCUUUCAGCAUGACGGUUGUCGUCCCCCCAAACGCAAAAGCCGAGGUCAUAUUGCCCUGUGAUUGGAAAGAGGUGGGCCAGGAUGGAGAGGAGAAGAGCACGUCCGUCGGGUCUGGAAAGCAUGAGUUCUCGUGCGCAUAUAAACCGGCCGAGUGGCCGCCAAAGGCUGAGUUCAAGCGCUCCAUGUUUCGAAUGCCGGUUUAG